GUUAUAAAAAUGGAAAGGUCUUUCUUUCUGAGAGAUGCAAGUGGCUUCUUGAACAUGUGCUAUUAUCUUCCUUCCAAAAUGUCACUGUUCCUCUAUCUGAUUCUCUUGGUACUCGGGCUUCAUGUGACAAUCCAUUGUGCACCACUUAACAGCCCUGAAGGCAAAAUAACCACCUGCCAUUCACCCCAACAAAAUGCUACUCUCAAUAAGAUGUCAUCCAUCAAUGCUGACUUUGCAUUCAACCUGUACCGGAGGCUCACUCUGGAGACCCCAGAUCGGAACAUCUUCUUUUCCCCUGUGAGCAUUUCUGCAGCUUUGGCCAUGCUUUCCUUUGGGGCCUGCUCCAGCACCCAAACUCAGAUCCUGCAGGUCUUGGGGUUCAACCUCACAGAUACUCCAAUGGCAGAAAUUCAACAUGGUUUCCAGCAUCUGAUCUGUUCACUAAACAUUCCAAAGAAGGAACUGGAAUUGCAAGUGGGAAAUGCUAUCUUCAUUGGGAAGCAGCUGAAACCACUGGCAAAGUUUUUGGAUGAUGCCAAAAUUCUCUAUGAGACUGAUGUCUUUUCUACUGACUUCUCUAAUGUUUCUGCAGCCAAGCAGGAGAUCAACAGUUAUGUGGAGAAGAAAACCAAAGAGAAAGUUGUGGGCCUAAUCCAAGACCUCAAACUGAACACCAUCAUGGUCCUGGUGAACUAUAUUCUCUUUGAAGCCCAGUGGGCAAAACCUUUUGAUUCAUCCAAGACAGAAGACAGUUCUAGCUUCUUAGUGGACAAGACCACUAUGGUGCAAGUGCCCAUGAUGCACCAGAUGGGACAAUAUUAUCACCUUAUGGAUAUGGAACUGAACUGUACAGUGCUGCAAAUGGACUACAGCAAGAUUUCUCUGGCACUAUUUGUCCUUCCCAAGCAGGGACAGAUGGAAUGGGUAGAAGCAGCCAUGUCAUCUAAAAUACUGAAGAAGUGGAACCGUUUACUGCAGAAGGGAUGGGUUGACUUGUUUGUCCCAAAGUUUUCUAUUUCUGCCACAUAUGAUCUUAAAGCCAUGCUUCUGAAGAUGGGAAUGCAGGAUGCCUAUGCUGAAAAUGCUAAUUUUUCUGGACUCACAGAGGACAAUGGUCUGAAACUUUCCAGUGCUGCCCACAAGGCUGUGCUGCACAUUGGUGAAAAGGGGACUGAAGCUGUAGCUCUCCCUGAAGUCAGACUCCUGGAUCAGCCUGAAAAAACUCUCUUUUACCCUACUAUCCGAUUUGAUAGAUCCUUCAUGCUCAUGAUUUUGGAGAAAAGUACCAGGAGCAUUCUAUUUCUAGGGAAAGUUGUGGACCCAACAGAAGUGUAGUUGGGAAAGAAUCAAUGGUCAAAUUGCACGUACAUAUUGCAAUGGGAAAUAAAUGAAUAAUUUAGCUUUACGUGACUGAUGUGAGCUUGGACUUGCCUUCUCUUGUGCAAGGGUAGAGACUAGACCCUGAAAGAAUUGCAUUGACUGUGGAAGAGGCCAAUCCUUUGUCUGAACAUUGUGAGAAUCAAUGAAUGGCUCAUUAUUACCAAAAUAGGUACCAUAGGACCUACCACAGGAAGGUCCUAUGUUAGUACAUUCCUCUUUGUCAGAAUCUCCUCAAUUAGUUUGUCCUAAGAAAUUUGACUAGGUUGAAAAAAAUUCCCUUUCUACGCCUUCUAGGGAAUAGUCAAAAUGCAGCCAGGUUCUCAUAUUCCAGUAUCCCAAUAAUUAGAACAAUGAACAUAAAACAAUGUACAUACAGUGUCUUAUACAUGACCUUCUCAAUCUCCUUUCCUAUAGCCUGUCAGAAGGAUUCUGUGUUCUUCCAUAACUGCCAUUGAAUAAAGGUGCUUCUACUCUAGAGCCAAGUAACAGACUUGAGAGUUUACUGCUAGAUAUGUAGCUUCUGUAACCUCAUAAACACGCAGCAAUAGAGCAAGAGGUAGAUUAACUCCCUUGCAAAAGUCCACCUCACCCCCUCAGAAUAUUAUAUCUUGCUAAUUUAUAAGCUGAGAGUGGAGAAAAAAAGUCAUUUAUUCACACCAUAUCUCAUAGCCCCCUUUCUGUUUCCUAAUUGGACUCUUUUUCCAAAUAUUACACUCUUGUCUUCUUCAGUAGGAAUCUCCUGGUUAGUCUUUUUGUUUACUCUGAUUGAAGUUUGGUACUUUUGUAUCCCCACUUCCUUCAAUAACCUCCUCUGCCUGUGCAGGUCAACUCACCUACACCCACCAAACUAGAUUUUACCACAACAAGACAUAUUAAAAUCCUCCAAAUUAGAAUUCAGCACAUGUAAAUAGCACAGUGAGCGUUAAUGAUGUUGUAUCUGAAAUUCUAGCCCUAAGGUGAAACCUUUCAGUGAUGACAAAAUAACAACAAAUGCCUAAGUACUGUUGUAGAUGUUGUGCUUCCGAAUUGAAAUAAAUAUGCAUGUUUAGAAAACUAUGUGAGCUAUAAAAAUUCUAAUAUUUUUUGCAUUAAAACCACUUGCAUGGAAGUUUGCUUAUUCCUGGAUAGUUCACACUUUGGUUUUAUGAAUAAGAAACAGGAAGUUCAGAGAGGAAUAGCGACUUGUACAGAAAAGUCAUUGUUAACAUGGGAUUCUGUUUCAUCUCAGUUAUGUUCCAAUCGUGGCUCUCAUGCUUACACUGGUCUAUGAUCUUAGGCCUCACACCAUAUUUUCCUCAUUUACAAAAGGCAGACACUAUUAAUAUCCAUGUCAUUGGUAUAUUGUGGACAAUGUUGCAAAGCAUGUAACAUUCUGAUGACAGAGCCUGAGACCUGAUAUAAUAAAAAGCCCAUAGUAUUAGUUGUUUCAAUCAUAUUGAUCAAUAUCAGGAAUUGGGCUGGUAUCAGAACCAAGAUUGUUAUUUGGGUCUUCUGGUUUGCAGGUUUCUAUUCUCUAGCUCAGGCUCUAGCUCUAGAGGUCAGAGUAAAUGUAAUAUGAAUCCCCUCCCAAACCACCUACUUCCCAGAUAAGUUGGACCAUAACUUGUUCUGGAAGGAAUAUAAAUAUUUCCAGAAAGAUAUCAGGGAUUAGAAAGAUGCUGUCCCUCAAGAAGUUCACAUGACUCCUCAGAGACCAAACCUCAUUCAAUCAUUUAUUCCUAUGGCUAGACCGUGAAUGAUUUCCACUAUUCACAAGUGUCAGCUCAUUCUGGCAAAUCACGACUAGAAUAUAAUGUCCUUAACCUCAUAAGGGAUACCUAUAAAAUACCUAGAACAAAUAUCUCACCUAAGAAAGAAAAUUUUUUAGCAGCAUUUAUAUUAAAUUGGGAAUAAGACAAGAAUUCUCUCUAUCAUUGCUUUUGCUUAAUAUUUUAUUGGAUAUCUUAAUGUAGCAAGACAAGAAAAAGAAAUGAACAUUAUAAAAGUCUGGAGCAGAAAGGAAAAAAUAAUCUGUCUAUAUUGAUAAAAUCCAUAUAUAUGUAGACAUGGAUAAAUUCUUAUAACAAAAGGGAUAAAACUUACUGGGGAACCAGAUAUAAGAAAGUAGUUGUACAGGUUAUAUGGAAUUUACCAAUUCUAUUUUCCUUUCUACAUUGUAAUAGAAUUAUAGACACAUGGUUUCCCUGAUGUAUUAUUUUCUAGCCUCUGUAGAAGUUAGGUGCAGCCAUGUGAGUAAAUUUUUAUCAAUGAAACAUGAAUAAAAGCAAUAUGCAAUGUUUAUCAACCAAUGCACUAAA